UCAGAUCUCCCUUUUUUUUUCUUUCUUAUAAUAUCCCAAUAAUAAUAAUAAUAAUUGUUAGUACAAAACGACACAUAAAUUUUUAUUUCUUAAAAAAAUUAAUUUCAUACCUCACGGCUCACAGAGGAGAAAACGCAAGGCAGAGAGAGAGGGGAAUGGUAGAUAGGUAGAUCUAAGAAACGAAAUGUUUGGGUCCUCUGUAAUUUCGAAACCCUAAAAAAUCAGAAUUUUAAUAGAAAUUAUUGUUUUAAAAAUAAAAUAAUUGAGAUUGAGAUUGAGACAGAGAAAGAGAGGAUGCCGUCGUCGCACGGGGAUCUGGACCGUCAGAUCGAGCAGCUGAUGGAGUGCAAGCCUUUGGCGGAGGGGGAGGUGAAGACGUUGUGCGAUCAGGCGAGGGCGAUUCUGGUGGAGGAGUGGAACGUGCAGCCUGUGAAAUGUCCGGUCACCGUCUGUGGCGAUAUUCAUGGCCAGUUCUACGAUCUCAUCGAACUCUUUAGGAUAGGAGGGAAUGCACCUGAUACCAAUUAUCUCUUCAUGGGAGAUUACGUAGAUCGUGGGUACUAUUCAGUGGAGACGGUCACGCUCUUAGUGGCCUUGAAAGUUCGUUACAGAGAUAGAAUUACAAUCCUAAGAGGAAACCAUGAGAGCAGGCAGAUUACUCAAGUGUAUGGUUUUUAUGACGAGUGCUUGAGAAAAUAUGGAAAUGCUAAUGUCUGGAAGUAUUUCACCGACCUUUUUGAUUAUCUACCUCUUACAGCCCUCAUUGAAAGUCAGAUCUUCUGUUUGCAUGGAGGACUUUCACCAUCUCUUGAUACGCUAGAUAACAUCCGAGCUUUAGACCGUAUACAAGAGGUUCCACAUGAAGGUCCAAUGUGCGAUCUCUUGUGGUCUGAUCCAGAUGAUCGUUGUGGGUGGGGAAUAUCUCCUCGUGGUGCUGGAUAUACAUUUGGACAGGAUAUAGCUGGGCAUUUCAAUCAUACCAAUGGACUCACUUUAAUUUCACGGGCUCACCAGCUUGUCAUGGAAGGGUACAAUUGGUGUCAGGAAAAGAAUGUGGUUACUGUAUUUAGUGCUCCCAACUAUUGCUACCGUUGUGGGAACAUGGCUGCAAUUCUAGAGAUUGGAGAGAAUAUGGACCAGAAUUUCCUUCAAUUUGAUCCAGCACCCCGGCAAAUUGAGCCUGACACCACGCGAAAAACCCCGGAUUAUUUUUUGUAAUUUCCAUAUUCCCGCCAGCUGUUUGUAAUCUUUGUUUGCUGCUGCAUCACUGUAGAUGUGUCUUAAAAAGAGGAGCUUUCGUUGUUUAAGGCGAGGUUGAUCGAUGACAUCAUUCUUUAUUUGGAAUCUGCUGUUGCUGUUGCUGGUGCUUCGUUGAUAUGCUCGAGUCAUAAAAAAACUAACAGAAGGCAACAAUGGCCAUAUUUCUUGUAUAUUUACAGAUGACGGAAGCUGCAAUAACAUGGUAUAUCCUGUGCUGUAAUUUGACAAACUGGAGUUAGAGAACAGGUGUUGUUUUGUGAGCAAAUGUACGCUGCUUACGCUAUUCUGAUUUAUAAACAGAACCACAGCCAAAAGUGUUGCAUCCAUGCAGAAAA